ACAGCACAAACUCUCUCUCUUCAUUCUACCACUGGAGCAAGAUGGCGGAACACCUCUCAUCCAACCGUCUUCGUUGGGAUUUGAGCCCAAGUGACCUCAAAGCUCGUGCUGAAAAGCUUAAGGAAACAACAAGAGCUGUUUAUGAUGCUGUUGGAGGCGUUUCGAAGGAAAAUGUGACUUACAACAACAUUAUUCAAGCGUUGGCUAACAAUGAUUGUGAGUAUGGCGUGAUGCGUAAUAUGCUGGACUUUCCCCAACAUGUCUCCCCCAAUAAAGAGCUUAGGGAAGCAAGCACAGAUGCAGAUAAAGUGCUCUCGGAAUUUGAUGUGGAGAUGAGUAUGCGCCAAGACGUGUUUGACAACCUUGUGGCAUUCCAGGAAAAGACGGAUGUAAGCAGUCUGGAGCCGGAAGCCAAGAGGUAUCUGGAGAAAAAGAUCAAGCUAGGUCGCAGAAAUGGUCUACACUUACCCAAGGAUGUUCAAGACAAGGUCAAGGCACUGAAGAAGCGGGCCAGUGACAUCAGCAUCGACUACAACAAGAAUGUCAACGAUGAGAACACUAUUCUAGAGUUCACAGAGGCUGAGCUUGGUGGAUUACCAGACGAUUUUAUCAAGCGUCUUGAAAAGACUGCCGAUGGAAAGUGCAAAGUAACGCUGAAAUACCCAGACUAUUUCCCUCUGAUGAGGAAGGCACAUAACCCUGAUACAAGACGCAGGAUGGAGACGGCAUUCAACUCAAGAUGCAAGACAGAAAACACUGCCAUCCUGGAAGAACUCGUAAAGAUUCGUGCACAGCUGGCUAAGUUGCUCGGGUACUCCACCCAUGCCGAGUACAUUCUUGAGAUGCGGAUGGCCAAGACACCGGAGACAGUCUCUACCUUCUUGAGCGGCUUGGCUGAGAAGCUCCGUCCUCUCCAGCGGGAGGAGCUAGAAGGAUUCCUCAAGUACAAGGAAGAGGAUUGCAAGAAGUACGGGUACGAGUUUGACAACAAGAUCAACCUUUGGGACAUGCGCUACUUCAUGAACAUGUCGGAGGAGAAGCGCUACUCGGUGGACCACAACAAGCUGAAGGAGUACUUCCCCCUGGAGAAGGUCAUCAAGGGGUCACUCGACAUUUACCAGGAGCUGCUUGGAUUGAAGUUUGAAGAGGUACCCAAGGACCAAGCACCCGUCUGGAACGAUGACGUUCAAAUGUUCAGUGUGACAGACAGGGAGACGGGUCAGUUCAUGGGAUUCUUCUACCUGGAUCUGUUCCCCAGGGAAGGCAAGUUCAGCCACGCAGCCUGCUUUGGUCUUCAGCCCGGUUGCAUUGCUCCUGAUGGUACCCGUCAACCAGCCAUAGCGGCUAUGGUAGCCAACUUCACCAAAUCUACACCUGAUUCCCCUUCAUUAUCCACCCAUGAUGAGGUCGAGACGUUCUUCCACGAGUUUGGACACGUCAUGCACCAGCUGUGUGGACACACCAAGUUCAGAUUCUUCAGUGGGAAUAGGGUGGAACGUGACUUUGUGGAAGCCCCGUCCCAGAUGUUGGAGAACUGGUGCUGGCAGGCGGAAACUCUGGCAAGGUUGUCUGGUCACUACAAGGAUGGCUCGGCCCUCCCUGCCGAGAUGGUGGACAAGCUGGUCAAGGCUAGGAACGCCAACGCCGGGGUCUUCAACCUCAGACAGAUUCUUCUCGGAACGUUUGAUCAAACGAUCCAUACCAGAGAUGAGGCUGACACAGAGACUAUCUAUUCAGGUCUAUCAAAGCAGAUCCUGGGUAUCCCAGCUACUCCAGGAACCAACAUGUGUGCGGCCUUUGCUCAUCUAGCAGACGGUUAUGAUGCUCAGUACUAUGGAUAUCUGUGGAGUGAGGUGUACAGCAUGGACAUGUUCUGUUCUCGCUUCAAGAAGGAAGGAAUCAUGAGUGAGAAGGUCGGCAAGGAAUACCGCAAGUACAUUCUCCAGCCUGGUGGAUCCAUUGAUGCAAUGGACAUGCUGAAGAACUUCCUGGGUCGUGAACCAAGCCAAGAACCAUUCCUCAUCAGCAAAGGCCUGGAGGUUUAAUGUCGGUCUACAUUCAGAUAGAUACUUAGAUAAGACCAACUGCUGGACCCUAUGGUGGUACUAGACCGAUGUUAGUUAGACUAGGUACUUCACCGCAGGAGAUGAAGUUGAGUUCUAAGAAAAGUAAAAUGCGACCAGGCAUGGCAUCACCCACAAAAGAUGGCCAAAAUGACUUAUCAGUUAAGUAUCCCUACUGAAAGAGGAGCUUCUCAGCUUUAAAAUAACUCAAUACUAUUGGAUGAUCCUAACAUUCAAUACCAUAGAUUGUUGCUUUUGAGAAAACAGUGACUAAAGCUAAGUCUAUUGGAUUGCACUUACCCUAGCACUAUUGUGCAAAGGGGACAAAAAGAGGAUUAUUGGGAUUCAUUGGAAUUGACAUGAAAGGGGUCAUUAAAUUGACUUCAAAGUUGUCACACCAAUUAGGCACAUCCUGUUCAUGAUAAUAGAGAAGAAUUAAUGUGAGAGCUUAAUUAUAUCCAAUGUUUUUAUUUAUCGGUGCUCAAAAUAAGAAUACUUUGUUCUCAUGAAGAAUAAAUUGCCCCCUUAAAAAAAUGGGUGUAAUUAAAACUGCAAAAAAAUAUUUUUAAGUUUUUUUUUUGUGCAUGUGCAUAUAUUAUUUGAUAGUGCAUAGAAAGAAUAGUGCACACUAUUUGAAGAAAUACUAAGAACAGAAAUUUGACCAUUCUGACCAAACCCACUCUUAAUGUCCUACAGAAAUUCACACCAUGCAACUUUUUGUGAGUUUUGACAUGCCUGGUCACAAAAUUAAUUUUGUUUGUUUAAGAGACAAUCAUGGAAAAAUUACCCCCCCCCCCCAUUAGUAUGGAUCUUCAAAUUCCAUUACAUACAAUAUAAGGCAAGCAUCAACAAAAGGUUCUAGACCUUCACUUCCAUAUGCUUCACUUCCUAUGUAGUCCCAUAAAAUCAUUUCUGUGUAGAGUGUAUGUGACACUAGUUAAUUCCGUCAUUUGUGUAUCAUUUUUGAAUGAUGCAUGGUCUUCCCUUUUCUGAAACUCAACUUCAUCUCCAAAAUCUCUUUUCUCUGGAUUGUAUUGCUUAGAAUUCACAGAUAAUCUAAUUCAAAGAAUGCUCUGGUAAUCACAAAGACAAUCAACGGGAUGUGAUGAUCUCUUUGACCAUAAAUUUUAAUGGAAUCGGGUAUUGGAAUGGAUAAAUUGAGCCUUCGUCCUACGUUCUUACAAUGAAAUACAUGAAAUUGAUUCAUAGUAUACCGACGCAAUUUGUUUACACUAAUCAGCGUCAUUUGUAAACCUAAGAAUAGAAUGCCAAUGACCUAUGGCAUUUCAUAUUUCAAGAUAUAUAUUUUUUUUAAUUAGAGCAAGAAAAAACACAAAACGGUUAACAGUUUAGAAAACUUUGUACAAUUUCACAUUCCUGGAAAUUACUGGAAAUACAAUCCAAAGGAAAGGGAUAAAAAUGUUGAAAUAGAUUUGAUAUAUAUGUAUAUAUUUGAAAGUGACUUAAUAUAGAUACAUCUUUUGAUUUUUAUUUUCCUUUUUUCUGUGACUUGAAUAGCUAUCAUAUAUCUGUGCCUGAUGCAUCUGUUUUAUGUACUUUAUAUGUUCUAUGCAAUUCAAAUGAAUGUUUGUCUGGUAACUUGGAGGGAAGAGGAUUGUUGGUUAAGGACAGUUUGGGUCUUUGCCUUAUAUUAUGGAGUUACAGUAUCUGCCAAGGUAGCAUAUAGUAUGCAUGUGUGAAUGUUGCCAUCAUUGUGCAGGACCAGUAUACUGACGGUCAUGUUCACAUUCACACUUGCUGUCUUCACAUUGCCCCAAUGGAGGUCAUGUUCACAUUCACACAUGCUGUCUUCACAUUGCCCCCAAUGGAGGUCAUGUUCACAUU